UUCUAACUGAUUAUUGACUUCCAUGUUACGUUUCUCUCAUCAAUGAUCAUGCUCGAUACUUGUUCUUAAAUACCUAACCUGAGUUUAACCUAAUGCAGAACAAUUGUGUAAAUAAAGCAUCGUGUUAGAUUUAUAAAAGUUAUUAUUGUUAUAUGUCGAAUACACAAAUGUUACGAAUACUUUUAAAUAAAAGUACUUGGAAGUUAACCAAUAGUUCGGAGGAAAUGAGAUACACAGUUUUUACUCCAUUAAUUUUACUACGAAGGCACUUCACAGAACAUGGAUCUUCUACAAUUUACGCACUUUCUUCUGGAUAUGGCAAAUGUGGGGUAGCAGUAAUACGUGUAUCUGGACCAAAAGCAUUAGUAGCUUUACAAAAAAUGACAAAAAUAUCUAGUCUAAAACCUAGAAUAGCAUUCUUAAGAAAAAUUUAUGAUCCUGAAACAAAAGAAGUUUUAGAUAAAGGUCUAUGUCUUUGGUUUCCAGGACCUAACUCAUUUACUGGAGAAGAUUCUGCAGAAUUCCAUGUUCAUGGUGGGCCAGCAGUGGUGACGUCGGUUCUAAAUGCGCUUUCAAAACUACGUUUUCAGUUAGCGCUUCCAGGAGAAUUCACGAAAAGAGCAUUUUUAAAUGGAAAAAUAGAUUUGACCGAAGCAGAAGGUAUAGGAGAUUUAAUUGAAGCAGAAACGGAAAAACAACGUAAACAGGCCACUAAUCAAGCAAAUGGAUCCCUUCGUCAUCUUUAUGAUUCUUGGCGUAUCGUUUUGUUGAAUGUACUUGCCAAUUUGGAAGCUUAUGUUGAUUUUUCUGAAGAGCACAGUGUAACUUCUAAUAUUUUAAAAGAUGCUAAAACUACUGUGCAAAAAUUAUCUACAGAAAUUCUACAACAUCUGUCUGAUGGUAGAAAAGGAGAAAUUUUACGCACUGGAGUACAUGUAACAAUUCUUGGAGAACCAAAUGUAGGGAAAAGCAGUCUGUUAAAUCUUCUUUCAAGAAAAGAUGCAGCAAUUGUUACCUCUUCGCCAGGAACAACAAGAGAUGUUAUAGAGUUAACAACAAAUAUUUGUGGAUAUCCAAUGAUUCUUGCAGAUACUGCAGGAAUUAGAAAUAAUCCAGAAAAUGAAAUAGAAGUAGAAGGUAUUAGAAAAGCGAAAAAAUAUUCAAAAGAAGCAGAUUUUGUUAUAUGUGUAAUUAGUGCAGAAAAUAAAAUAAAAAUUUCUUUAGAAAUAUUUCUAAGACAAUACAAGAAUUAUUUAGAAAUAGACAAAAAAAGAGUUCUUACAGUAUUGAAUAAAGUAGAUUUGCUUAAAGAAGAAGAAAAAAAAAAUUGGAGAAAGCAAAAUGUUAUUCCUAUAUCAUGUAAAACACAAGAAGGUUUAAAAGAACUAACAAACGCAUUAGGAGAAUGUUUCAGGGAAAUAUGUGGAGAUCCAUGUACAGAAAACCCUGUUCUUAGUCAUGCACGAUAUAGAAAUCAUUUAUUACAUGUUUCAGAUUAUCUUGAACUCUAUUUACAAAAAACUACAGUACCAAAUUAUGAUAUGGCUAUAUCCUUACAGGAUAUUAGAAAUGCGGCAAGAGAACUUGGCAAAAUAACUGGUUCUAUUAAUAAUGAAGAAGUUUUAGACAUUAUUUUUAAAAAUUUUUGUAUAGGAAAAUAAAAAUCUACUUAAAAAUCAAUGUUUCUAGUUGUGCUUAUUAUAGUAAUCCAAUUGCAAAUUGUUUUAUGAUAAAAAUUAUUUAUUUAAACAUAUGUAACACAUCCAUAGUAAAAAUUAAAAGAAAAUCCUAUUAAAAGUAUAAUGGU